CUUAAGAGUCCCUUCCAACUGGAAUGAUUCUAUGAUUUUUAUGAUCACAUAACUAAUACCCAGAAUGGUAUGUGAACAGUCAACUGUGCUGUACUGCUCACACCUUAGAAGGAGAUGGCUGUGAGCAUUCACUGUCGAAUAUCCAAAUCACUUCUAAAUGAGCACAUGGAAUUUGCAAAUCUACUGAACUGUGUAAUCAAAGACAGUGUUACUCUUAAGAAUGCUAAAUUAAUGGUGAAAGAAAACUUCAAGGUGGCCAGCAAAGGAAAUGAAGUCAUAACUCAGUUCUACACAUGCUUCCUGAUAUGUAUAGAAGUCUGAAAAAGAUGGUGCUGAUUAAUCAUCUCACUUGUUCUUCACACUGGAAAUGCACAUUUUGUCCAUUACAGAGAAGGUAGGGGAUGUGUGAAGUUACAGGAUCAAAAAGAGAAAGCAGAGAAGUUGAUCUUUUUGGAGAAGGAAGCUUGGUUAUUUCAGAUUGUUGAACUUGAUUGAGGACUUAUUUGUAGUGAACACUUUCAUCAAGCUGGAGAAUGAGCAGCCCAGUGAAUGGCAGUACAGCUCAGCUGCUUGAGAUACGUGUACUCAUAACAUGAUCUUUCAGUUAUGGAGUAGUCCCUUUAUCAAAACGCAGUGAAAACCAAACAUCAUAACGUAAUAAAAUAGCUAGAGGGGAAAACAACAAUUGGCCAUCUAAUUACCACAAAGGAUUAAGAAAAGAACAUCUGUUUCAAAAAAGGCUUAUGUUGAAUGUAAAGACUGCUCCAUAGGCAGUCGAUGAAGAACUAAGACCUAAGGUUUCUUGAAUUUCAUUUUAGUGCAGCAGGAAAAAAAAUCUACAUUCAACAUCACUUUAUUUUUUGUGCAAAAUUUAUUAUCUUUUAUUGAUUUUAGAUAUUACCGUAAGAGCUCACAGCCUGGCCGACAUACAGAUUGUGAAAUUAAUAUUUUGUCUUCCAAUUCCAUUUUAAAAAACCUGAUAAUAACCCAGAUUCAUGUCUCAGAUGUGUUGUUUCUAGUUCCAAAUUUAGAAUAUGGAAAGAAUUGACAAAAAUUAAGGAAAUGUGAGUCUUCACGCAUGCCUAGCUUUUAAUUUAGCACUCAAAGUGAGGAAUCUAUUUAAUUUGCUAAAAUAGAAUGAUGACCACUUCCAAAAACAACUGGACAGCUAAAAGAGUAGGACUGAAAUUUACAAUAUAGCUGCAGUUAUCCUCUUCCUCUUUGGAAAUAACUGUAGUAUUUAAAUUCUUUUGGUCUAAUUCUAUAGAAAAAUCAGAUGUCAAAGAAUUUCAUAUAAUCAUUUUCUAUGUUGAUUCAGACUUCUUUAAUGAAAUAUUUUAUGCUUUCCAGAUUAGAGAAAGCAAGCUCAAUCUGUCAUACCAGAUCCCGAUGCUGCAAAUUUUAAGCUAGUGAGGAAUGUUACUCAUUUGAGUGGUCUCAUUAAGCAAUACACACCAUGCUACAAAUGUGUUUCAAACAUGGUUAUACCAUAGCUUUAGGACUCGUCUGAGCAUCAGUGAUUCAUGACAUGAUUCCUUAAUGCAUUUCUGCCACAGAACUGUCUCAUUACCACAUGAGAGGCAAAAACUGUGAGGAACUGAUAUCCCUCAAGUGAUGGGUAGGCUUUAUUCUCCUAUUGACAGCUUUUUCACUGCACCUCACAUUCUGGCUAAUCUGAAAGCUCGUGAGGUUCACUGAAGGGCCCUGGAUCCUUCUACAGAUUGCCAGGGAACUGGGUUGCACCAGUGGCUUUAUUUUCCAUUGCUUUGCAGGGGUGUAGAUCACUGUAAAAAGUAAUGAGAGAAGCAAGUCUGAUGUUCUUUUUCUUUUUUUAUUUUAGUCUUGUGAAAGUCUUGAAGUCCCUCACUAGACAAAACUCCUAGUCUGAAUGGAUCUGUGAACACUGAAAAGGCACUGCUCCAUCCCACUACCCAACCUAAGGGAGAAAUUGAGAAUACAGGAAACAUACUGGAUGAAGACCUUGAAUUCCAAGGAGAUCUAAAAAGAGAAAGUUUGGCGAUUAAGCAUGGAUCAUAGGACUGAGGAGAAAAGAAAGCAACGCCAUAGCUUGACUUUACUGGAACAAGUAAAAAGAAUGAAAGAAUCAUCAGAGAUAGUUGAUGUUGUGCUAGUUGCCGAAGGUGAGAAAUUUCCCUGCCAUAAGGUGGUACUGGCUGCCUUCAGUUCUUACUUCAAAGCCAUGUUUACCUGUGGCUUGGUCGAAUGCACUCAAAGAGAAGUGGUACUCUAUGACAUCUCAGCAGAGAGUGUGUCUGUAAUACUCAAUUACAUGUACAGUGCGGAUUUGCACCUCACUAACCAGAACGUGCAGACUGUUGCUCUGGCGUCGUAUUUCAUGCAGAUGGAAGAUGUUUUCAGCUUGUGUCAAAAGUACAUGAUGGACCACAUGGAUGCUUCCAAUUGUGUGGGCAUCUACUACUUUGCAAACCAUAUUGGAGCAGAAGAUUUAUGCGAUCAAGCAAAGAGGUACUUAUAUCAGCACUUUGCUGAGGUGAGCUUACAGGAAGAAAUAUUGGAGAUUGAAGUCCAGCAGCUGUUGACUCUUAUAAAAUCAGAUGAUCUGAAUGUUUCCAGGGAGGAAAGCAUUCUGGACCUUGUCAUUAGAUGGGUGAAUCACAGCAGAAAGUCGCGUGCAGAACAUCUUAUCAAGCUCUUGAAGGAAGUGAGACUGGUACUGGUCAGCCCUUCCUUUCUCAUGGAAGCUCGCAAAAGGAACACAGUGAUUCUGUGCAAUUCAGAAUGCAAUGAUAUGUUUGAGGAAGCGUUGAAAAGCAUCAAACUAGCCACUCACCCUUCUCUCAGCUUGCGAUAUGGCAUGGAGACUACUGAUCUCUUACUCUGCAUCGGCAACAAUUCGCUUGGCAUUAGGUCAAGACAUGGGAGCUAUGCAGAUGCCAGUUUCUGCUACGCUCCUGCAACACAAAAGACUUACUUCAUUUCCUCUCCAAAGUAUGGAGAGGGUUUAGGAAGUGUUUGCAGUGGUGUUGUCACUGAGAAUAAUGAUAUUAUUGUGGCAGGAGAGGCAAGCGCCGCCAAAAUGUCUAGACAAAAAAACAGGAACAUUGAAAUUUAUAGAUACCACCAGCGAGGAAAUCAAUUUUGGCACAGCCUGUGCACCGCUCAGUUCCGUGAACUCUAUGCAUUGGGCACUGUCCAUAACGAUCUCUAUGUGAUCGGAGGGCAAAUGAAAGUCAAAAAUCAAUAUGUGGUCACAAACUGCAUGGAGAAGUACUCCAUGGAGCGAGGUACCUGGAGAACCACAGCACCUCUGCCAGUGCCAUUAGCCUGCCAUGCAGUGGUGACAAUGAAGAACAAGCUCUACGUGCUGGGUGGCUGGACACCACAGAUGGAUCUGCCUGACGAUGAGCCGGAUCGAUUAAGUAACAGAAUGUUUCAGUACGACCCAGGCCGAGACAAAUGGACAGAGUGUGCACCAAUGAAGUACUCCAAAUACCGCUUCAGCACAGCCGUGGUCAACAGUGAGAUUUAUGUCUUGGGAGGAAUUGGGUGCCUUGGCCGCGACAGGGGGCAGACACGGAAAUGUCUUGAUGCAGUGGAGAUUUAUAACCCUGAUGGAGACUUCUGGAGGGACGGACCUCCUAUGCCUUCCCCCCUCCUCUCCUUGCGAACAAACUCUACCUGUGCAGGCUGCGUGGAAGGCAAGCUGUACCUCUGCGGAGGGUUUCACGGAGCAGCUCGUCACGAAGUCAUCACCAAAGAGAUCCUCGAAUUAGAUACAUGGGAGAACCAGUGGAAUGUGGUGGCCGUCAAUGUCCUCAUGCAUGACAGCUAUGAUGUUUGCCUUGUUGCUAGGCUGAAUCCACGGGAUCUUAUUCCUCCUCCUCCUGAUUUAGUGGACCAGUAAAUGUUCAGUGGCUCUCUGCUUCCAGAUUCUGCAGAAAGAGAAGAAUUUGGAGAGACAAAUGCUGCAUUGUCUCUGGAUGGAGCCAGUGGCUCCAUUCUCUCCUUUGGCUAGGUGCCGUGGAGAGAAGUUUGUACCACAAGCUUAAGCACAGAAUUGCCUUCACAAUGUGCUUCUCAGAUGAUGCUUAAUUUGCUAGCACUGGUACUCUGGACUUCUGUGAUUGAGAGCUGAGUUUGCCUUGUCUCUUGGUCUGCCUCUUGGCUGUUCAAGCUGCAAUGUGGUCGUGCAGCCUAAGUGUGCUUCUCAGGCCUGUGCCUUAGGCAUGGAAGCAGCCUGGAGCUCACCUUGCAGAAGAGCACCAUGUUUGAAGGAAAGCUCUAGCCAAGAGAAACCCUCCUUUGCUGUCCAACUCACUGGGUUCUAGUCUACUGAGGGAGUUAAGAAACAUCUGAAGUCAUCUGAUGGAAACCAAUCUGGCUGUACCAAGGCAACAAAUUGGCUGAUGCAGGAGCAGAGGGAAGAUGGAGAAGAGCAUUUGUUUGUUUAAACAAAAAGAAAACAUUAGCCAAGGUUCAUUAGCCAAGUACACUAGCUGCUGCAAACAUUAUCUAACCCAUAGUCAGGGCAUCCCUUCUUUGGCAGCAGAGCUGAAGUUGUGCUGGUAGAAAACUGGUCUUCUGGCAACAAGACAGGUGCGAGUCUUCCUUUAGUAAUCCUGCACCAAAGAUGAGAAGCUGCUUAAAUUUUCACACAGAUACUACCUGUCAUGAGGCAGAAACUUGUGUGGUCAGAUAAAGAAGGGGAUGUAAAUGAAAACAAAAUAAAUGAGAAACAGUGUUAGCUCUGCAUCUACAGAGAAAGGAUAAAAGCACCAGGCAUUUAGAGUUUAUGUAAACUAGUUGGUUUUAUAGAAGUAGCUUUAAUGAAAUAACAUAAGGCAAAUUCUGCACCAAUGGAAUUGGCUAUAAUUGCAGUGAAGAGGAGUAAUUCAAACUGUUUCUUAAAGCAGUGCUAGCCUUUCUAGGGCUUGAAGGCAGCGGCUUAGGAAAUUGUUACCAGUACAGCUGUCUUAUUUGAGCUACCAAUAACUAUUCAUCAUCCCCUGGUACCUACAUCACAGAAUACAUGUGAAUGAUUGCCUGGGCAGUGUGGACAGGAGAACUGGGAAUUUCUGUUGUAUUCUGGGGCCGAAACUGCAAAUGACUGUAUGCUGCAACAGACAGUGAAUGUCAGAGGCAAACACUGUAAGAGUAAGCUAGAACAUAGCAGAAGAACCAUUACGGUCAGCAAAAAGUUGUUUUUUAUGAUUACAGAAACAGUAAAAAAACUGUAAGGAAAUAACUUGCAAAUAAAUGAGGAAAUCCA